AUGGCUAGAUUCAGUAGUGGCAGAUCAAAACUAAAGAUCAAGAAGUCAAGAAACCCAAAUAUUGAAAAUGAAUUAAGAGAUCUCCUAAACGCCCCAGAAAACGCAAAUAAAUGUGGGGAGUGCGGUUCCACUUUCCCUACGUGGUGUUCAAUUAAUUUGGGAGUCUUUUUAUGCGGCAGAUGUGCAUCAGUGCACAGGAAGAUAUUGAAUGGUAGGGAAGACGAUGUGUUUUCCAAUUUGAAGUCUUUAUCUUUGGAUAAGUGGAACAACGAUGACAUGGAUAUCCUCGCUGAGUUGGGUGGGAAUAAAGGGAACCAUAAAUUCUGGAACCCAAAGCAUGAACCUUUCCCAUUUGAUGGUGAUGAUGAUAAAUCUAUAGUGGAGCAUUUCAUCAGAGAUAAAUAUAUUUUGGGGAAGUUUAGAUAUGAUGAAGUUAAACCCGAGGAUUUCGGAGAGAGAGAUGAACGAGACAGUAGGUCUAGAAGUAGAUAUGAUGAUGAUUAUGGUUCUUAUGAUAAUAGGGAUGCAUAUGAUGAUUACCACGGAGGAAGCAAUCGUCAUCAUCCACAUGACUCUCGCCAUGGGAGGUUUAAAUAUAGCAGGCAGUUGAAUGAACUUAGAGAUAUGGGAUAUUCAACAGAUACGCAAAGAAUAAAGGAUGCACUAGAAAGAACACACGGGGAUAUUAAUCGUUCAUUAGAUAUAAUAGAAAGAUCUGAUUCUUCCUCUUACUCUUCAAGAAAUGAGUCUAGAAGCGGCAUGUCUAGUGCUCCAACAAGCGCUCCAUCUGCUGUAUCUAACCCUCCAUUACCUAAAAGGAAAUCCACGCUUUCGGGUCCCCAACCUGCCGUAUUUGAUGGUUUGGAUAGUGUAAUGACCGGAGCUCCAAACGCUGUAACUGGAGCAGUUCCGGGGGGCAUUCAACAGUAUUUGGAUCCGGCAACAGGGACGAUAUAUGUUGACCAACAACAGUAUACGACAGCUGUUCAACAACAACAGCUACAGCUUCAGGCUCAAGCACAGGCGCAGCUUCAAAUACAACCACAGAUGGCUGUCUAUCAGACUCAAAUGCCAUCAUUUUACUACAACGGAAUUGAAAUUACUCCAAAUAACCCACAAUAUCAACAGUUGCUACUAAUGCAACAGCAGCAGGCACCACAACAGUUUCAGUCCGGAUUUUACCCACAAUAA